ACAUUUUUUUGGUCUCUCCAUCAGAUGCCUGUGAUCUCACCCUGGACCCAAACACUGCAAAUAAAAAACUCUCUCUGUCUGAGGGAAACAAGAAGGCAAAGUAUGGACAAUCACAGUCAUAUCCUGAUCACCCAGAGAGGUUUAUGAAGUAUCCUCAGGUGUUGUGCAAAGAGGGCUUGUCUGGGUGCCAUUACUGGGAGGUAGACUGGGGUACCAGUUCCAAAGAAAUUGUUUAUGUUGCUGUUGCAUACAAGAGAAUUGACAGAGCAAGAGACAGUUCAGACAGCAAGUUUGGUAAAAAUACCACGUCAUGGACUUUCGGCAAAUAUUCAUCAACCGGAGAACACGUUCUUGAGGCCCAUCAUAUUUACAACGUGUGGAACAAGUCUUUCAUCGCUGCUACGUGUGACAGAAUUGGGGUGUAUCUGGACUGGUAUGAUGGCACUCUGUCCUUCUACAAAGUCUCAUCUGACACUCUGACUCAUUUGUACACCUUUCGCACCACAUUCACUGAGCCUGUUUACCCGGGCUUCUGGAUUGGACGAGAAUCCUUUGCCUUCCUGCGUCCACUUAAGUAAGAGCCGCUCUGUGGCUAAAUUACAAAGUUUGAUCACUAUCUGUUGAUCUACUUAUUUAUCUGCUAAUGAUUCUUGUCUUUGAAGCCUUGUGUGGAUGAUUUAUUUGGUACUUUUAUUAUUACUACUUUUUGUUGAAUGAUGUUCACAUGGUCUUCAAUACUCCCAAUGUCCCAUGGGGGGGUUUAAAUGUAUCUAUCUUAAAAAAAUUGACACUUAAAAAUGUAUUUACAGAUUACUUAUGUGACACUGGGUAGGACAUGCAGUCCUUCAGAUUAACUAAAAGAAAACAAACUUUAGGACCGGGAUUUUUCUGCUCUUUGACUGGCUGCCUACAAGGAAGUGUCUAUUUGCUUGUAUUGACUGUAUCUGAAUGUUUACCUGAUGAAGGUCCAUUGGACCAAAACGUUGUAUUGAGUAUUUAAUAAAACUGUUUUUUUGCAAGUA